AUGUGGACCUCCGGGUCGACGGGAGAGCCAAAGACGGUUAAGGUACCCCAUGCCUGCAUCGUCCCGAAUGUGCUGCACUUGAGGACAAUUUUCAAUAUAUCUUCCGAAGACGUCAUCUUCGUGUCAUCUCCACUGACGUUUGACUCCAUUGUGGUCCAAAUGUUUAUGGCAUUGUCGACUGGGGCCACCUUGCUGGUGACGUCGGAACAUCUGAGACGGAUUCCGGGACAAACGACAGCUCAUGUUCUGACCAGGAAUGGAGUCACCGUUCUUCAGGGAACUACCAGUUUCUUCGUUCGCCUGGGCGCUGCUCUCGUCAAGGAUUCGCUACUCUCCAGGGACACGAGGCUGCGAGUCGUGGCGUUCGGAGGCGAAGACUGUCCCUCCGUGGCCAUGCUGAAACGCUGGAGCGGCAUCGGGAACGCGACGGAGUUCUACAACCUGUACGGCACGACCGAGGUGUCGUGUUGGUCCACGUGCCACAGGAUCGACCUCGUGACGACCAGGGAUGCCAAGUACGUUCCCCUUGGGGAUCCCUUGGACGCAACGGUGUUGGAAGUGAGGAAUGAGCUCGGAGAAGUCAUUAGUGAAGGAGACGGUCUGCUCUUCAUUGGCGGUCUCAACAAACAGUGCCUGGUGGGCAACGAGACGUGGGACCAAAUUGGGCCGUCCUACCUCCGCAACUCGGGAGACCUCGUCCACGCGUCGGGCGGCGUCCUCACGUUCCUGGGUCGGAGGGACUCCAACUUCAAGUACAACAACCGCCUGGUUCACUGCGCCCUGCUGACCAAGACACUGUUGAGUUCGGGGCCCGUGGAGACCUGCCACGGCCACUACUCCAAACCCGAGAAGAUGCUCUUCCUCUUCGUCACGCUGGCUCAAGACUGCGCACCUGAAGAGGCGAUGCCGCCGCUGAGGUCGAGCAUCGAGCAGCACUGCGAGUGUCCGUUCCAGAUAGUCCCGGUACGCACGCUGCCGCUCAACUGCCACGGCAAGGUUGACGUACAAGCACUUCUUUACCAAUCCAAGAAAGAGGGUUUGCUGGAUUAUGGCUUUGCGUAUCGUCAGCACCUGUCCAAGCUGUGGAAGGUGCUCAGCACGGGUCGGUGCAUGAGGCACAUCAUGCUGAGUGUAGUCACCUAA